AUGACCCCCAAGUAUGAUCCCCCUACUAGCAUCUUGAUCAUAGGUGCCGGGGUAUUCGGACUCAGCACCGCCCUCGCAUUUACCAAGCGCCCUGAGUUCGCAUCUACCUCUAUAACUGUCCUAGACCGGUCCCCGGAGGCUGGUGUGUUCCCAUCCCGUGAUGCUUCCUCUAUCGACUCGUCGAGGAUUAUCCGGGCCGAUUAUGCAGACCCGGCCUACGCAGCGUUAGCAUCGGAGGCACAAGUCCACUGGCGGCAGACCGAUCCGGCCUCUCUCGGUGGUGAGGGCCGGUACACUGAGUCCGGAUUCAUACUAGGAGCCGACUCCGGACCGCUGGUGCGUGAUAACGGGUCGUCAACUGGUCUUGCCUAUGCUAAGAAAAGCUGGGUGAACGCAAUGGCGCUUGCGCAUAAGGAAGGACGACCUUUAAGCUCAAUUCGCGUUUUGAAGAACCCGUGGUCUGUCGGUAUGGUAUCUGGCACGGGAGGCGAGUUCGCUUACUGGGGAUACCUAAAUACCGCGAGUGGUUGGGCAGAUGCUGAAGCGAGCAUGAAGUGGUACUACGAGCGUGUCACUGCCACGGGUCGCGUAACCUUCGUCAACGGGACGGCCGAAAGCCUCGAGACAGACGAGUCGUUAAGGAGGGUUACCGGGGCGCGACUUAAGGACGGCAGCACGCUAUCAGCUGAUCUCGUAGUCGUCGCCGCGGGCGCCUGGACACCUACGCUGGUAGAUCUCUCAACACAGGCCGUGGCCACCGGCCAGAUUUUAGGUUAUAUGGACAUCACUGAAGAGGAGCAGAAGAGGCUAGAAAAGGUCCCUGUGAUGCUAAACGUAUCGACAGGUCUCUUCGUGAUACCUCCGCGCAAUCGUGUGCUCAAGAUUGCAAGGCAUGCAUAUGGAUAUCUGAAUCCCAAGCCGGUAUCAAAACCGCCCCUGGGAGUUCCCGGUUCGACAACGCCGGAGCUAAUCUCACAGCCGUAUACGCAUCUCGACGAUGCUGGUCUCUCGAUUCCAGCGGACGCCGAGAAAGUACUACGGGAUGGUUUACAGAAAAUAAUACCAUGGCCAGAAUUACAAGACCGACCUUUCUCCCGAACUCGACUCUGCUGGUAUACAGAUACCGAGACGGGAGACUGGAUAAUAGAUUACCAUCCAUAUUGGCAAGGUUUGUUCGUUGCUACAGGGGGAAGUGGGCACGCAUUCAAAUUCUUGCCAGUUAUUGGUGAUAAAGUAGUAGACACUAUUACAGGAACAUGCCCUGAAGAACUUCGGAGAAAAUGGAAAUGGAGAUCCUCAAAUACUACCGAAAUCAUAGCAACGGAGGAUGGGAGUCGGGGUGGACAACCGGGACUGACACUAGAAGACGCAAUGAGAAAAUAA